AUGGAAAUCCAGUCGCUUAAGCAAGUAUCCUUCCUGUACUCUGUGUGCCAUGUUGUAAUCGUGGUUCAAGAUUGGUUUACUGAUCUAAGUUUGCUAAGGUUUUUACUAACAGCUGAAAUGCUAACCAAACCAACAUCAAGUGAAAUUAAUGCCAAGGAAGUAUCUAGCUUGAAGGAGCAAAGUAAUCAACUGCCCAAUAUAGUAUUUGUUUACAAUAGAGCGUGUGAGAAAGAUUAUCAUCCUGAUUGUCUUAAUAGCAUGCUUUCCGUAACCGAAGAGUUAUUUCGACAUUCGCGAUUAAGAUACCGCGGUUCGGUAUCUCAGUUCCAGUUUGAAGUUGUCAAUGCUACAGGUAUAAGCAAAAGCCUAACUGACAUAAAUAUAUUUUUACUACCGAUAUACGAUUGCAACGAGAAAGAAUCAGAUAAAUUCGAUACCGCUAGCGCAGAGAAUCCAAAUUCUUCACCUACCAAUUUAUAUAUGGGACAUCCAAAUUACGACGUACUUUAUCAAAGCCUAGAGAAUCAGAUCCUAGCUAUUCCCAGAGACUCGUUUUCUAAUUCACUAACCGAAAGGGGAUGGUAUGCAUAA